AAUAUUUUGUUUUGCAUCGAUAUUUUUUUAUCUUGACACAAAUUAUUGGGUUCAAGAUACUGGCUUUAAUGAAAUUACGUGGCGAUCUUGAUGCAACACUUGAAUGUAUACCGCCACUCAUAGUAGAUUGCGCUUGCAUUGUUAAACUGGUAAAUUUAUUGUGCAAUAUUGAAAAGAUCAAAAUACUUCUUACACAUAUACAAAGAGACUGGCAAUUGUGGACUAUCAAAAGUGAAUUCAAAAUUCUACAUAAGUUUGCAGAAACUGGAAGAAGCAUUACAAUCGGCUAUGCUAGUGGCAUGUAUGCGUUUGGCAGCCUCUUUCCGAUAAUGGCGAUAAUUCCGAAGAUCAUCGACGAAAACGUAGUUUCCAACUAUUCGACACGGCCAGUAGGAUUUCCAUAUCAUGUCGAAUAUUUCGUAGAUCUCGACAAGUACUACUAUCCCGUGCUAAUUCAUAAUUAUUUGGCUACCGCAAUUCGACUCACUGCCAUAGUCGCAUCCGAUACCUGCGUGGCUAUUCUAGUACUACAUUGCUGCGCAUUAUUUUCAAUUGUUAGAUACCGAUUGGAACAUAUACGAAAAUCUGUCGAACAAGAUAAAGAACUCGCUAUGCUCGAGGAAGAUGAUAAAAUGUACAAAAAUUUUGUUUACUGUAUUCGAAAACACGAAGAUGCCUUACAGUUUGCGGGCCUCUUGGAAACUGUUUAUUCAAAGUCGUUCUUUAUAGAAGUCGGCUUAAUUAUAGGAGCUAUGAGUCUCUCAGCUGUACAGGCGACUAAUGAUACCCUCACGCCACAGAUCGCAAUCCGACAUGGGGGAUAUAUAAUCGCUCAAUUAUUACAUUUAUUUACUGUAUGUUGGCUAGGGCAACAAAUAAUCGAUCAUAGCGAUCGUGUAUACACAUCAAUUUAUCGAGGCGAAUGGUAUGAAACAUCAUCCAAAUCUAGAAAUCUAGAAAACAUGAUAAUGUUGAGGAGCAUCUCACCUUGCACAUUGACCGCUGGAAAAAUUAUGAUUCUUUCUCUUCCCAGUUUCAGCGCGGUUGUACGUGCAUCUGCUUCAUAUUUUACAGUCUUACAAUCUAUACGAUAAUGUGUAAAACUUUCAGAAUUUCUUUUCUGAAAAGCGUAAAAUUGUCGAUGUAAAAAAAUGUUGUAUAAUAUUCCGUUGAUUAAGUAAUGAUAACAUCUGCUACUUAUAUUUACGAUGAAAUAAUUGAAGAAUAUCAGUAUACUCAUGCGUGUACUUUAUUAUUUUGAUAAAAUGCCGCUAUGGUUUCUAAGAUAAUAAUCAUGAUUCGAUGAAAUACAUGGCAAUUACAAUAGUAAUGCGCCGUUAAACACUUGACAAUAUGCCGAUAAUAUCAAAAUUCUUAUUACAAAACAUAAUAAGUAUGGACUAUAAGAUCAUCACUAUAUAAAGUCAAUCAUAAAAAAGCAUUAUAGAUAUGCCUACGAUUAGUGCCCGAUCGUUCAAGUCUUUCAUCUAG